ACAGCACGUAGAUCUCUUCAAAUAGGCAUUUGACGGCAGUUGUGUAACUUUUAGUCCACAAGCUUUCUGUUCAUCACUAACUUUUUAUAAAGCUUUAGCACGUGAGCUCUAGUAUGAAUUUGAAAGUUUAAUAACGCAUUAAACGCGGACGUUGAGGCGGACAUUGAAGCGUCUUCUUUCAAAUACUUGAACUGUUUUCUAAGAAGUUUGAAGUUGACAGGAGUAUAACUUAUGGCAGCACCAAAUCGUUAUAGACGAGUGAGAUCUCAGCUUCCAACAUGCUAUUACGAAGGAUUUCUGGAAAAGAAAUCGAUCAAAGACAAGAUGGGUCGUAAACUCUGGACCAGUUUAUGUGGCAAUGUACUCUUUUUCUACAAUAACACCAAAGACAGUGUUUAUAUAGAGAAGCUGGAGCUCUCUGAUCUCGUCUCCGUGAAUGAUGACUGCUGUCGUGUCCGAAACCUGGACGCUGCUAGAUUCACUCUGCACAUGAAAAAUGAAGACGUCAAGAUGAUUGCCCCAAGCCUUGAGGCCCGUGAACUGUGGAAAGGCUUCAUGCUCUCAGUUUCUAAGCUGUCUGUGCCAAGUUCUCUGAACCUGCUGCCUGGUCAGAUUCACAUGAUGAAGGAAAUAAUAGAGAAAGAGAAAAUAAGGCAGCAGCUUCUUUCAUCUCCUCCACCACCCUCGGCUUCUGACAGUUAUGUUACUGUACAGUCAGACAUGCCUUCGUGUUAUCGUAAUGUCACUCGUGUCGAAGCUGAAUACUUGUUGGAUAGGAACACUGAUCGGGGAAACUUACUGCUGCGGCCGGGUCAUGAUGGGACGUCUUUUGCCCUCACUACACGCCAAGAUAUUAACGGCAGACCUGUAUUCAAACAUUAUCGUGUGUCUCGGAGGCAUGAAGGAGGAUUCGCCAUUGUCCUUGAGACUCCUAUCACCUGUGAGACCCUGCAUGAUGUCGUUAACUGCCUGCUGGAGAAGACCAAUGGAGUUUUGGUGCCUCUUCUGAUGGAGGAACACUAUGAGAAAAAUAUCACAUUUUUUGAGACCGAUAAGGAGAAUGGUGAGAGAAAUGUGCAUUGUCCCAAAGUCCCUUUGCCUACUCCUCUAAUGCCUCCCCCAAAACCAGCAUUUGCUGAGACCGAAAAUGAGAAUGGCGAGAGAAAUGUGCAUUGUCCCAAAUGCCCUUCGCCUACUCCUCCAAUGCCACCCCCAAAACCAGUCCCAAGGAAUGAAAGAUUCCAGUCAGAAGCAAACACACAUGAAAGCACCUACCUCAAUGUCUCAGAUGUUGGAGAGUAUGAGGUGGAUCAGGCAGCAAGUCCUCCACCUCCUGUCCUGCCACAUCUUCCAGAUGGUGAAAGAAAAGCUUUGGUACCUCCUGGCUACUCUAAAACAACUUCCCGAAGCAACAGUUUGUCAAGCAUGCCUAAGAAUAUUCCCAAGAGUGAGCGGCAACAUGUUGACAUACAUGAGCUCCAAGAGGUUCUUAAUAGGAGACGAAACCAGGAAUAAAUGUAAUCUCAGUAAGAUGAUGAUGAUAAUAAUGAUUUCAUUGUGGAACGAGGAAUCAUUCCUUAGUAUUAAGCUCGUCUUAAAUCUAUACUAUACAGCUUUACUCGCCUGAACACUGUAUCUGAGAUAUUUGCCCACUGCUGUUCAGUUGGAUCCACAAAUAGGCCCUUGAAUCAAAUUUUCUUUAUUGAUCCUUUCAGCAUUAUGAUGUAUUAGUUAUCACAAUCAUUUAUUAGACAAACAUAUCGAUCAUCAUGUGUUGCAUUGCAUAGCUGCUGACUGUAAAUCACUACUGCUGUUUGUGAAGUUAUUUAGAUGAAAAGUCACAUUUAAAUAUUUUGUCUUCAAUUCCUGUGUGUCAGAUAAGCUGGUCUACGUCUCCGUUCUCUGUCUCUGAUCAUAAAAAUAUCAGGCUUGCUAUAAUCACAAAUGGUUGUUGAUAAUAUGUUGAUCUAUAUUGUGACUUUACUAUGUGGGGAAGUUGCAGGUCUUCUUUCUCCAGAUCUGAGAAACAGAUCAAACAAAUGUUGUUUUUCUGUUCCUGUUAAAACUUGUUUUAUACUAUAUAUUUUGAGAAUACAUUGAUCAUGGGAAAAACGUACACUGUGUCACACUUACUUCCUUGUGUGGAUGUGCAAGACAAUAAGUAUGUUUGGCAUUGGUUUUAUUGACGUAACAGGUAGUGUAAUAGCACAAUUUUACAGGUUGACUUUAGUUUCAAACAGUAAUGUUUAAAAUGUUCAGGUGUUUGACUAAAAGCAUUGCAGAUUAUAUUAAGAUUAGCCAACAAUAAAAAUUCUGUCAUUAAUUACACACACUCGUGUUGUUCUAAAACUGUAUGACUUUGUUUUCCAAUUCAAGUACCAUGUGGAGCUUUCAAGCUUUUAAAAAUAAUUCAAAAGCAGCAUAAAAACAGUCCAUACAUCUUGUUCGUUAUAUUUUAAGUCUUUUGAAGUCAUUUGAUAGCUUUGUGUGAUAAACAGUCUGAAAUUAAAUUUUCACUUUCAAUUGAAAAAAAAAUUGCUCUCUUAAUGAAAGUAGUAGCGAUGUCCGAUUCAUAAAUGAAUCAUUCUUUUGAGUCGGCUCUUUUCAAUGAAUCAGUCAAUCCAAUUCAGCCAUGAAUCAGACUGAUUUGGUUCUGGAGUUCAAAUGUCUCACUGACUAAUUGCAAUGGUUCGAAUUAACAGUUCACUGGAAGGGAAGAUUAUCAAUAUCUGUUGACUUAAAUCGCAGUUUCUUACCCAAAACUACCAAAUGACUUCAUAAACUUUGGAAUAUAUGGAGGACUUUUAUGACAAUUCACAUGCUUUUAUAUCCUUUAUUAAGCUUGAAAGCUCUAGCAUUUUUUAAAAUUUCUU